AUGUCAUCAGCUUUUAUUCCGGACAUUGAUAGUAAUACCAAAUCUCUUACUUCUUGUUUGGAAAUUAUUGAUAGUGUGCAGUUUUUUGAUAAUAAGCAAGCAACAGAGAUGAAGGAAAGAGCUGAGAAAAUUCAGACUCUCAUGGGAAAUAUUGAUGAGUUGAGGAAAAUCAUGGUAGAGCAUCAGUCGAGUGCAACUAAUAUGGAAAAUCAUGAUGUGUUCGUCGAUAAAGUAGCAAACUGUUCUGGCUCUGCAAAGAAGAUUGCUGAAGCCCAGUCUACACUUCGGCGUCUGAAGAAACCGGUGACAAGGCCGGAACUCGAUUCAGAUGAUGAGGAUGUGCAGGAGGAAGAAUUCAAUUAUGUGAAUAAAGAUCCAUUAACCAAAGGUCCAAUCACUAGGCCAGUUAAGAAUAAGAUAUGUGGUCAUGUCUAUGACGCAAAAACAAUCCUAGUGUAUAUCAAAGACUUGGAGAAAAAGAAAUUUUUGCGUCAAUGUCCUCAAAGUGGAUGUACUAACAGGAGAAACCUUGUCAUGGCUGAUAUGCAAGAUUUUCCCGAGUUCUUCAGUUUAUGCAAAUGA